AUGAAGGAUGAAAGGUGUAUUUUUAUAAUAUUACCAGAUGUUACUAAUGAUCUUAAAGACGAAGAAGUUCUAGAAAAAUUAGAAGAAAAAAAUUUUAUUAUUUUGAAAAAAAAAAAAGUUCACUUGACAGAAAAUGAAAUAAAAGAAAUAUUCGAUUUUACACCUGAGCAAUAUAAUGAUAUAAAUGAAUUUUAUGAUUAUAUAGAAAGUGGUUUGUCAUUGAUUAGUUUAAUAGAACAUAUAGAAGGAGAUACUAUUAGUAAAUUAAAUUCUUUAACUAAAAGUACUUCUAUAUUAAUAAAGGAUGAAAAAUACUUUGAAUGCUUAGAAUAUCAAUGCAAUUUAAAGUGCAAAAACGUUCCCUUUUAUUUUAGUAAAAAUGAGUGGUAUUUUAUUAGAGAUAUUGAUUUUUUUUUCCCAUCAUAUGACAAUAUAUGUUUGGAACGAACCUUUAUUAUAUUAAAACCUGACGUUGUGGAAAUGAAUAAGAUGAAUGCUAUAGUUAAUGACAUUUUAAAUUUCGACCUAUUAAUAGUAGCUAUAAAAAGAGGUGUGCUGUCUGUAGAAAGAGCAAAGAAAUUAUAUAGUGAUUUGGUUGAUAAGCCUUAUUAUAAUGAUUUGAUUGAUUUUAUGACAUCCUCAAAAGGAAUAGUUUGUUUGUUAAUAGAAGGUCCCAAUUGUAUAAGGAGGGCACACAUUUUAUGCGGACCAUCUUUUUCUUUAGUCGACUUUGAGCAUAUGCCAAAUUAUUGUUUAAAGAAGAAAUAUGGAACUAACCAAAUGAAGAACGCUGUACAUAUUUCUAAGGAUGAUAAUGUAGAGAAGGAAAUAGAUUUAUUUUUUGGAAACGAAAAUUUUAAGAGCGAGAAUGGAAUUAUAAUAAUUAAGGAAAGUAUAUUGGGAGUAGAUGGUUUGAUGAGAUUAAGAGAAUAUUUGAAUGAUUAUGGAUUUCGCAUAUUGGAAGAAAAGUUGGUUAGUAUGAGGACGUAUGAAAUAAAAAGUAUAUAUGAUAUGAAUGGUAUAAAUUAUUUAAAUGAUCAUUCAAGAUUGCAACAAAAUAUAGGUAAUAAUAAUUUGAUAGAGGAAAGUAACUUUAUAAUUAUACUAUUAUCACGUAUUAAUUGUCAGACAUGUUUGCAUUACUUAAAAUAUUUGGAUAUUAUUAAUAAAUGUGAAAAUAAGAAAUGGAAUAAUGUUAAAUUUUCAUUUUCUAUAAAUAAUUGUGAUAAAGACAAAUUUUGCAUUGAAAAAAAGAGUGAAGACGUUAUAUAUGUGUAUGAUGUAAAAAAGGUGAAUGAAUUAAUAAAGAAAUAUUUUAUUUUUGAAAGAUAUAAUGAUAAGAUUACAAUUGACAUGAUAAAGAAUUUUUUAUUUUGUAAAAAUGUUACAAAUAAAAUAUAUAAAGAUGAAGAGAAUAUAAAAUUAAGCAAUGUGCUUAUGGAAGGUUUAAGUAAAAUAUGUGAAAAGAAGCCUAUGAAUAAUUCAGCUGUUUUUUGGUUAUGUAAAUGGAUUAAACAAAGAGAAAAGGAAAUUAAAAAUGAUAUUAAGAUAGAAGAGGAAUUAAAAAGGAAAGAAGAUAUUUUGAAUUUAGAAAAGAAGAAGAAAAAAGGUAUGCAUAGAAGUGAUACUAUGGAAGUCAAUAAUUUUAAUAAAUCAUUAAAGUUAUGUGAUGAUGAUAAGUUGUUAAAUGUUUAUAAAAAUAAGGAAAUUAUAAUUAUUCCAGACAUAAAAGAAGACAAUGUUGAUUUCUUAGAUGAAAAAGAUAAUUAUGUUGAAAGAGCGAAAUCGGAAAUUAUAAAAUAUUUUGAAAAAUUAAAUUAUGUACAUUUAAAUUUUGAUGAACUCUGUACAAAAGAAGAAAAGAAAAAUUCUCUUUUGGGAAAAAAAAUUGAAUAUACCAAAAGGAAGUAUAAACAACUAACAGCUGAUUUAAUAAAACGUAUAUUAAAAGAAAAUUUAGAGAGGAAUAAAUUAUAUUACAAAUUUGUAUUGACAGGAUUUUCAAAUAUUAUUGAUACGUCUUAUUUGUCCAAGGAUGAUAUAAUACAAUGUUCCUUUUGUUUGAUAAUAAAAAGGGAGGAAGAAGAGAAAAGUGAAGGUGAAUAUAGAAAUGACGGAGAUGAAAAAGUGGAAGAAAUGAUAAAUGAGGAAGAAGUAAUAAAUGAAGAAGUAAUAAAUAAAGAAGAAGUAAUAAAUGAAGAAGUAAUAAAUGAAGAAGUAAUAAAUGAAGAAGUAAUAAAUGAAGAAGUAAUAAAUAAAGAAGUGAUAAAUAAAGAAGUGAUAAAUAAAAAAGAAGAGGAACACAUAAUUAAUAAUAAAGAAAAGUAUCUUUAUUUUUUAAAAUAUUUUUAUUGUAUAUAUAAAGAUAACAAUUAUAUUAUGCCCUUUUUGAAUAAAGGAAAAAUAUUGAUAUAUAGAAAAUCAAAUUUCCAGGAAUGCAUAAGAAUGUUCGAAAAUGAAGUAUUUCUUUUUUAUGGAAUAAAGAAAAAAUCUUUAAAGAAUAUAAUUACAUAUUUGAAAGAGUUUUAUAAUUUUUAUGUUAUAGAUCAUAUGAAAUGGUUAAGAGAAAAACGAGAAAAGAAAUUAAAAAAUAAUGAAUGUAUUGAAAAUAAAGAUGAAUAUUUUAUGUCUAUAUCUUUUUUUUCUUAUGUUAUUGAAAAAUGGAAGAUAUUGAUAAAUAAGGAUUGUAAUAAAAAAUUUAUCUUGUGUAAUUAUCCAUAUAAGGUAGAACAUAUUGAAAUGUUGGAAAAGAUGUUGAAUGUAAGAUUGUUUAUAUUUUAUUUUAAGAAUAAGAAGGAUGACAAUAUAAGUUAUAUUAAGGAGGGUGAUAAGAUACUAGAGGCCAUUGGUGAAAUUAAAUAUAAUAACCAAAUUAAUGAUGAUAAUAAUCAAAUUAAUUAUAAUGAUAUAAGGAGUAAAAGAGAAAGAAAUAAAUACAUAAGAGGAGAAAAAAUUUCCUAUACAUUAAUAAACAAUUUAAUUCAUAAAGUUAAAAAGAAAAAUACAACAUAUACAAAAUAUGAUGAGAUAAUAAAUAAGAGACAUGUGUUUACAUUUGAUGGUCCAAGUAAAGGUACUCAUGAAUAUGUAGACGAAAUAGAAAAUUUUUUCAGUACUAUAAUGAAUGUAGCUAAAAAAAAGGUUAUCCUAAUUUGUAAUAUGACAAAUAAGGAUAUAAAUUUUAUAGGAUUUUAUUUACAAUAUGCAUAUGCUAAUAUGGUUUUUUACGAUUUAAAUGUUGAUGAAGAUGUAGAUGAUAAUAUAUCUAAGUUUUUAAAGAAGGAUAUUAAAAAUAUAAUUGAAGAAGAUGUAAUUUAUAAUGAUAGUAUAUUUUAUAAAAAUAAAGACACGAAGGCAAAUAUAUUAAUAAAUAAAAUGACAAAAUUUAUAUCAACUGUAAACGCAAGUUAUUAUGUUUUUUCUAAUUUUCCUACUAAUUUAAAUUUUGAGGACUAUGAAAAGAUACAUUUAUUUUUUGAAAUAAAAUUGGCUAUAUUAAUGGUUGAGGAUGAUUCUUAUAUGAACAAGGUAGAUCUUAACAAAUUAAGUGAGCAUCCGUUUGGUUUUUUUUUUUUUUAUUUUUAUAAUAGGGGUAGCUUGUUGGUGAUGGGUGGAAAAGCGGUGGAUGGGAUGGAUAAGGAAAAAAUUAAAAUGGAAGAGGAAGACACGGAUAAAGAAAAAAUUAAAAUGGAAGAUGAAGGUGUGGAGAGAGAAAAAAAUAAAUUUGACGAAGUUAUGGAUAAAGAAAAGAUUAACCUAAAAAUGGACGAUUUAUACAAACAGUAUGAUAAUAUAAAAUUACAUAAUGAAGAAGUGACAAACCAGAAUGAACUACAUCCAAAUAAUAUAUUCCAAAAAAAUGAAUACGGUAAGGAAUUCCAAAUGUAUGAAUAUGAUGAUGAUAUGAAGAAAGUGAUACUUUCAAGAAUUGACGAGAGGAUUGGGCCGCGUUUAAUUUGUUAUUAUGUUGGAGAUGAGUAUGAUUUAGAUGUUUAUUUAAAAAAAAGAUUAAAUAAGAUGGAUGAAGAUAUCUUCCAUUUGGUAAGUUACGAUGAUGUUAUAAAAGGUUUUAUGUCUAUGAUUAUAAAUCAAGAUAAAGAAAGCAAGAAAGAAAAAAAAAAAAAAGAAAAUUUAAAAAAGUUGGUUGAGGAUAUAAGAAUAAGAAUAAGAAGAAAACAAAAAAAUAAUAAGGAGUAUAUAAAAACGAUGAUAUAUAAAUAUUACUUAAAAUAUAUUUUGAAGAAUAAAAGUAGAUAUUUAUUUUCUAACAUAAUAGUAUAUAACAUUCCCCCUAAAGAAAUUAUAGAGGAAGACAUUUUAAAGGACUAUUCAUAUAUUAUAGAUAUUAAGAAGGUAAUUCAUUUUGUUUAUUUUAUAGAGGACGAUAAUUAUAAUGCCUUAAAUGAUGAAAGGAUAUGUUCCGAUGUUAUGAAUGAACACGUUUUUUCUUUUAUGUUAGAAGAAGUGGGUCUUGAGAAGGUGGGCAGAAUGGUAAGUGAGGAAAAUAUAUUAGAUGUGGAAAAUGCAUCAGAUGAUCAAAAUGUGAUAACUAUAGAGGGUGUGUUAAAUGAAAGGAAUACUACAAAUGGGAAUGUAGAUAGUGCAAAAAUAUAUGAAGAGAAUGAAAAAGGGAGAGAUAAUGAAAUGAAAAAGGAAGAGGAAAAUAAAAAGAAUAAAAAGAAUAAAAAUAAAAAGAUGAAGAAAAAGAUGAAGAAAAAGAAGGAAACGACAAAAAAAACCAGGAUUAAGAAUAAUAGAAAGGAAAAAAAAAUGGAUAAAUAUAAUAAAGAAUUAAAAAAGAAUGAGAAAAUAUUUUUAUCAAAAUAUAAAGAUAUUGAGUUUACCCGGAUAUAUAUAGAUAAAGAGUUACCAUGUAAUAUGUUAAAUAUAUAUUGUCCUAAAAUAAUUAUUUUAUUUAUACCUCAAAAUAUAUAUUUACAAUUAUAUAUAUCAUCUCUGAUAUGUUUACAUUUGAAGAAUUAUAAAUCUAUUAAUACAGCUAGUUUGAUAUAUGAGAUAAGAAUAUUGGAAAGGAUGAAAAAAAAAAUGGUAUAUAUUGAAAAGUGUAAGAAAGGAGGGGAAGGGGAAAAGGAUACAUAUAUAUCAGACAUUAUGGAUGAAAAACGGAUGAUAAGAAAAAUAUAUAAUUAUAUAAUGAGUAGGAUAAAACGUGUGGAUAGCAAUAUAUUAUUAUGUGGUUUUCCGAUAUUUCUUAGAAAGAGUUAUUAUAAUAAUAAGAGUGAUUAUUUUUAUCAGUUUGAUUUUUUAAAAAAAUUUAAAAUUGAUGGAAUCAUAUCUUUUCUGUUCGAUGACACAUAUUUGGAACAGAUAUGUAAUGGUAAAAACAAUGUGUGUGCGGAAAAAUAUAAGGAAAUAUUAAAUUUUAUGUAUAAGGAGUAUCGUUACAAAUGUAAGAUAUAUUAUGAAACGAUAAGGAAUAAUGAUGAUUUACAAAAUGUGCUUGCGAAGAUGAAGAAUAAUUUAUAA